GUCACAAAAAGGUUGUAGCCUUCUCUGUUCUGCCUAAAAUUGAGGAUCAAAAAGCAGGCCAGUCGACUGUCUUAGGGCACCUCAUUGGAGUGGUGCAAAAGUCAUCCUGCUGAAUGUGCAGGUUUGUAAGAAUGUGUGUGAGUAUAUGUAUGUACUGUAUGUGUGAAAAUGUGUGUCAGUGUAAGUGUGUGUGUGUGUCAGUGUAUGCCUGUCAGUGAGAAUGUGUGUGGUGGUAAAAGAGUAUGCAUAAAAUAAGUGUAUAUUAAAGGGACACUAUAGGCAUCAAAACAACCUUAGCUUAAUGAACUAGUUUUGGUGUAUAGACAUUCCCCUGCAGUUUCACUGCUCAAUUAUCUGCCAUUUAGGAGUUAUAUCACUUUGUUUAUACAGUCCUACUCACACCUCUCUGCAUUUGACUCUAAUGUUUAAAAUUUCUUAUCUCCUAUUCUGUUAAUAACCUUCUAUACCCUGUGUGUAAUUAAAGUUCAAUUUACAGAGCAUGAGCUACAAGCUUCUAAGUUAACAUUUGAAUGAAAAUAAAAUAUUUUUGGUCACGCAGGCUGUGUGAGUCGCAGACAGGGGAAAUGUGGCUAGGGCUGUAUAAAAAGAAACUAAGUGAUUUAACUUCUAAAUGGCAGAGGUUUGAGCAGAGAGACUGCAGGUGCACGAUCUAUACACGCAAACUGCUUCAAUAAGUUAAAAUAGUUUUGAUGCCUAUGGUGUCCCUUUAAAUUGCAUCUUUACAUUGUGAUAGCAGAAAUGCUAGCAUAUGUACAGAUUCUAAUUGAAAACUUUGCAAAAGUAUGGUCCCUCCCCCACUCGUCAUUAAAUCCUAGAACUGUACGUCAGCAGCACAUAGAUUGAGUGACAGGUAGUUUUCUUGCUCCCUGUCACUGUGUUACUCCCCCAGCAGGUGUUUCUCACACUUGUUGGGGGAGUACCCGAUGCGCAUAUGCCAAUGUGCUAGUUGGGAACCCAGCAUUUUAGCCUUAGCACUGGGGAUUGCCACGCUUAGGGAAGUGUCACCAAGCAGGGCAAAUCACUUCACACUCCACACAGUCUAACCUCAUAUACAAUCAUGCUCAGCCAACUCCACACAAUCACACUCAGCCAGUCACACACAUAUACAUAUCACUCUCAGCUAACCAAAACAAUCACACUCAGCCAAGCUUCACAAUGGCCUCAGCCACCACUCACAUGUAACUUCCCUUCAUUGCCCCAAUAAGGGGCUAACUUAUCUGAUUCUUGCACUGAGCCCUGUGGUGCCUAGUUAUGCCAAUGUAAGGAUAUGUAGAUAAUGGUGCAGUUGUAGAGAUCAUGGCAGGUUACAAGGUUUGUGAAUUUGAUCUUGAAUGAUAUAGGAAGUCAUUACGGUGAGUGGUUUGGGAAGAGGUAAGAAAGAUACAAUGAACUGAAGAAUCGAUUAUUGUUUAUAGGGGAGAUCUGGGAAUGAACAUUGAUUGCAGAAACUGGGCCAGGAGAUGAUGAGAAUGUGAAGGUUCCUUGGGUUUACCUUGAGUUAGACUAGAUGUGGGCCAUGUUUUUACAAUGGCAGCAGCAGGAAUUAGAGAUGGAUGAAUGACGGGAAGCAUGGAUCAUAGAUAAUUAUUUUCAAGGAGACCCGAAAUUACACAAGAUCCUUAUACAGUGGAAGGCUGUUUGAGAACCAAUUUGUUCGAAAACAGAAUCAUAAUUUUCCAUAAGAAUUAUUGUAAAUUAGAUUAACCUGUUCCAGACCUCCAAAAUUACAGCAUUUUAACACAAAUGUUACAGUUUAAUAAUACCUUACAUGCAUAAAAUCAUACAGAAAAACAAUAAACACAAUGGAAAUGAAAUGAAAAUUUAACUUCACUUUACAUGUCAGCUCUGUUUGUUGACAGAAUGGAGCUCUGUUUGCUGACAGAAUGGAGCUCUGUUCACUUUGUCUAGUUCUAGCAGGUGGAUGCGUUCCACUGUUCUCUAUUAUAUCUCAGUUGCAGUUCUAAGAUUUUGAACAUUGAAGCCAUGGCAUUAUUAGGUCACCUCAUUAGUAUAUUCAUAGAAGUAAAAACCACAGCCCUAUUUUAUUCUUGAUGUACUGUAGGGUUGUAUGCAAAUUUCUUACGGGUUGAGUUUUAAAUGUGUGACUUUUUUGGUUAAUGAUUUAGCUGUAAAUUCCAGUCCGAAGCACAGGAAGAGAAACAAUUUGUUAUCUCGCACUUUCCUUUGAUUUGUGAAAUAAUCAUAGCACACAAAAUGUCGAAGGAAAACCACACUUUGAAAUUAGACCACACUCAACUCAAUGUACUGGAAAGAAACCCACAAGUGAGGGCUGAAUAGCUAUAAAAUGACGGGGACUGGGUCUGCAAAGCUCAGAGAACUUAUUUGAAGACCAUCCCUUCACAAGAGAAGAAUAAGCUGUUACAAUACUAUGGAGAGACGUUGUAGACCUUUCAUGGUAAGCAUUCUUUGGCACAACAUUUGUUCUAAGAGAUAUUGCUUUAUUCAUGUUGCAGUACUUAUUAAUGACUUAUAACUGGAUUGAGUUAGAACAGAUCUACUUGGUUUAGAAAAAUGUAUUAAUUGCUCUGUUAGAUUUAUAAUAAUGAUAUAUGAUUGCACUCACUAAUUUUAGCACCAUUAAAAAGCUGGGAGAUAUGCUUUAGAAUAGCAUUUUUACUAUUUAGCAUUUUUAAAAGCGUAUUUCUUAUAUACCCUGACCUUCGUCUCUCACUUAGAACACAUGUCCUUCAUCCUACCUGAGUGGAAUGUUCAUUUUGAUUUUAUAAAUAUUUUGUCACUUGUUUGUAAUUGAAUUCUAAGGGAGGCCGGAUCUGUUUACUGCUGGAUUUACUUUAAAUAACGUACUGAAAAUUGUAAAAGUAAUCCUGUCUGUUUUUAAAAUCUUGGCUGUAUAUAAAACAUAAUGACACUUUUUUAUAUAAUUUUAUCCAGUUCCCACUCACUUUGUUGGUACUUACUCUGGGAGUCAGCAUGUUGGAUUCUGCACAAGGCCUGGCCUUGCAUCAUCUCAACAAAAAAUGCCAUCAUACAAGAGAUUCAAUGUUACCACCAGUGAUUAGUGUCUCGUUGAACAUCACAGGCCAAUCAAUGCAAGCGGGUCCUGAUGUCAGCAAGCGAUCUCUCUCUCCUUGGGAUUACAGGUAAAGUUAACUCAAAAGAUAAUACUCAUCAAAUUUAGAAUUUUCUUUUUUCUAAAAUUUUUUAGUUUCACUUUUUUAUCUGGCUGAGCAGCUAUGUUAGAUCAGACACCACUGUUUAACCAGCUGCCGCUCAACCUAACUAGCCGUCCACUGCAGUUUCACAUAGAACAUUCAGCAGCAGCUAAUCAGAUAAAAGAAGAGUCUGACCCAACAUGGCCACCAAGCUAGAUAAAAAAUGACAUUUUCUAAAAAUCAUUAUCAAUACGUUAGAGUUGACCUUUAAAAAAACCAAAACAGUGAAGCAUAUAAAGAAAUUCUUUAAUUUCGAGUCGAGUCUUUUGUUUGCAUAAAUCUCUCUUUUUUUUGUGAAAAAAAUAUGUGUUCACUGCAACCACAUAUCAUAUAUUAUGCAAAGUUUUUUGUUAAAACACAGCAUAACAUGUAUUGGAAACAUUGAAUUCAUAGUUUGAAUAUAUGAUUAAACACCGUUUCCGUGCACAUAUUACUAUGUAGGGAUAACAACAUAAAACAAUGUAAUUCUACACAAUUUUAAUUUUCAAAUGGUAGUAUAAUCACCUUUUUAAAACCAUACAUGGAACUCCUAAUCGUGCAAUAUUAUGGACAUGAUGAGAAAUAGAAGUAGAAUUAAACAGAGCUAUUUACAAACGUGAGAAUUCCAAGUGAAUUCAAAUUAAUUUCAAAUUUAAGGCCAAAAUAACUGCAUUGGAAGCAUAGCUGACUUAGAGAAUUUUUCCAGCUUGGCUAUUUUGACAUUAUAUUUUAAAUUUACUUUGAAUUCACUUGGAAUUCUCCCUUUAGUGAAUAAACCUGAUAGAUAAAAAUCCCAAAUUAUUGGUGUAUUUCAAACUAAGCAGAUGGCAUUUCUGGGAAUGCAAAUUCCUAACCUGCUGUCCUAUUGGAAAAUAAUUUAUGCAUUCAGAUAUAUAAUAUCCACAUAAAGUAUGCAAGAGUUCAUCAAUCUUUUUUAUAUAUUUCUAUGUAUAUAUAUAAAAAUCUUAUCUGCAGUUCCUUUAUCAGUCUCAUGUUAGUUAAUAAAGCCAACUAGAUUUUAUAUUAUUUCUUAUAGUACAUCUCAUUGCCUACUUGACGUAUUUAGUCGAAUAAAAAUAUAAAAUAAUAAAAAUGAUUUGGUUCACAAUAGAUUUAUCUUCUUUGUCUUUUAGCUAUGAUGUAGAGCCCACCAGAUACCCGUCAAGAAUUGCUAUUGCUAAAUGCCGCCAUCAGCAGUGUGUGGAUGCUGAUGGUAAAUUGAUGGAUAGCGGAAAUUCCGUUGAGAUCAGACAGGAGAUCUUGGUCCUGUAUCGAGAAAUGAAAGACUGUAAACCGACCUACAGACUGCAGAAGAAGAUGGUUACUGUGGGCUGUACUUGUGUCCAACCUAUCACAACCUACAUAAUGUAAGAAACCAACUCUCCCUGGAGUCAUCAGAGAAAUCCUUAUAAGUGAAAUCGGAAUAUUUCCCAGUUAACUUAGAUGCAUUGUGCUAAUGCAUUGUAAAUGUAACACUUUGAAAGUGUGACUUGUAACAAUGUAUGUUUCAUUGUUUGGGGUAUUAAUAUUUUUAUUGCGUAUUUAUACAAUUAAUGUUCUCUGUGGAAUUCAUCUACACAUAUUUAAUUCUAUUUAUUACAACUAUAUUUAAGAAAAAUAAAUCUAAUAAAUAAAACUUAAAACACCAACAUCUCUGUUGUAAGUUUAUAAAAUGACCUGGAAUAUGUGUUGCAAAAGAGCUGGGGAAAAAAAAAGAUUAGAUAGAUUAAAGAUGAGAUAAUAAAUCAGUUUAAUUUCCCAAUUUGGAUAUUUUUGCUUAACGUUUGAUGGCGCUUUAUCAAUUAUCUGAAAUACUCAGAUUAUUGACGAAGCCAAUGCCUUAAUUCCUAUGUACGGUUAUUCACGAAAGUGAGAAUUGAAAAUUUAAGGACAAAAUAAAGUCAACUAAAAUUUAAGUUCAGUUACUUAAAGGCACACUUUUACCUCAAGGGGAUAAACAGUUCUAAAAUUUCAGUUUCAGGAAGCACUAAGUGCUGAUGGGUUGGGCCACGCUGAUUGGCUGAGAGGGGACAGCUGAUGUUCUCAGCCAAUAAGUGACUCAUUCACAAAACCUGAAUGGAAAAGGUCAAAGGUCCAUAUUCUGGCACCAUACCAACUUUAUUUAUAUGAAGUUGUUAUGGUGCCUGCAAUAUUCCUUUAAAUAAUCCCCUGUUUUAAAAUGGCCCGGAGGCUGAAAUUUACCUUUUUUUUUUCUUCCAUGUUUCAUAUAGAUGAAUUAAAACAUGCACAAAACACAAAUUCAAUAUUAUAGAGUUUGAAGUCAUUGUAUUUGCAAGAAAUUCACACACUUCUGUUCAUGAUCUUUGACACCCCGCUUCCACCAAGAAAUCAGUGUGAUCCAUCUGUGCAUACAGAAAAGGCUGCGGUGUCGGACUUCUAUCUUUUGCACAAUGAUACCCUUUUUCUAUCAUCAGGGGACUGGUCUAAAACGGAACUGGGUUUUUAAUGGGGGCUAAAUAAACUUUUUUUUAAAUCUCCUUUGGGGGUCAGCUGUUUCCAUUCACACCUUAGUUUAGCUUGAGUACAGUCCUGGCCCACAGUUUGCAUUUCUAACACCUCCUAUAACCUGUAUAUUUUAACCCCUUAGUGACCAAGGACGUGCAAAAGAAGACAACCCAAUGUAUUGCAAAUGGGAUAUAUUCAGUCUUUUUUAAUAGCCACUUCUUGCAAACACUGUUAUGGGCAAAUGCAAAUAUUGUAUUUCUUAAACUGUGUACUUUUCUUUAAGAGAUAUUGCAAACUGACAAGGUGUUAGAAAUGGAAUAUUGUUUUUCAUAACUGUUUCUUUAAGCAAUAACCUCUUACUUACCUUCAGAUAAUAAUAUUUUUACACCAUUCUAAAAUGAAUAAAAGUAAACAAGUUACUUUUUCAUAUAUGAACUAUGGUGACCCUAAAAUGAAGAUACCUAAAGGAAUAAUUAGGUGUACAUUUAAAUGUUUAGACAGAAGAGAGACUUGGAGACAGACGCUGCUCCAUCUUAAAAUAUUAAUGAUAUUUGCAAGCAUUUAGUUUAAUCUUAUAAACUCUGCUAUAAAUUAUUGGAAUGGAUUUUAUAUGUCUAUAUUUAUAUUUUUAAAUAAUAAAUAUCUAAAAGACAAAACUUUAUUGCUUCCAAGACAAUCCUUAUUUUAUAUUGUAUUCUCAAUUAUUUAUAUAUUUUAAAUAGAGGAUCUCUUACUAACUAUUUAAAAUGUGGCUAAGAUAUCUGUAUGAUUAGCCCUGCUAAGUUCUAUGCUUUAAGACAUUAUAGUGGUAAAUAAGGGAACCAGCUGCGGUUACAAAAGAUAGGGUUCGUAAUUGUUUUUUGCAUUUCUAACACAAAAACAAAUCUAAAUGCUAACUUUGGCCAGUGUUUGUGACUAAGUGGCUACUAAAAACGACUGGACCUUCCCCAUAUUGAAUACCUUUGGUUGUCUACUUUUCAAAAAAUAUGGUUUGAUGAGGUUUAAUUACAUUGGCCGGCUUCUAAAGUGUCCCAAAUAAGACAUGGGUGCAUGAAGACCACCUGUGAAAAUUCCAAGUUGGAAAACUGGAAUGAUACCCUCCAAAUAAGGUGAAAAGUGCACUGGGGCCCCCCCAUGAAACCCCUACUUGCCCCUCCAUUUGUAUAACAUAUACAGAUACAUACACGGACACACAUGCUAAUACACAUACACACUCUGACACACGUGGAUGCACAGACACACAUACAGACAGACAUGUGAUGGAAUUUCAGUGAAAUGUAAAUUUAGUAGGCCGAGAUUUCCACGUGGCAUAUGUAAGUACACGUGUAUGUUGUAACAGUUAGUUACCAUAUAUACUCGAGUAUAAGACGAGUUUUUCAGCACAUUAUUUGUGCUGAAAACCCCCCACUCGUCUUAUACAUGAGUUAAUGUCUGUAUUAUGACAACUUACAUUGCCAUAAUACAGACCAGAACCUGUUGGGGGCUUUCCUGCAGCUCCUGUCAGCUCUCUUCUCUCUCCUCCGGUCUGGUCAGCUCCCCUGUCAGCUCCCACUGCAAGUCUCACAAGAGCCACGGGGUCAGAGCGUUGCCACGGGCACUCAGACGGCAAGACUUGCAGUGGAGCUGACAGGGGAGCUGACCGGACCGGAGGAGAGAGAAGGGAGCUGACAGGAGCUGCAGGAAAGGUAAGUUACAGCUCGCUGCCAGCCCCCCUCCUACACAGCCCAUCCACUGGACCACCAGGGAAUGAGAGCCUCCCUCCCUGGCCAGCCAACAAAAAAAUAUAAAUAAAUACAAAUUUAAAUAAUAAUUAAGUAUUAAUAAUAUUAAAAAAUAAUAAUAUUAAAAUAAUAAUAAUUUAAAAAUGUAUAAAAAUGCCCACCCCCCAUCAAGGCUCUGCAUCCCAUACACACACACACACACACUUCACUCAUACACACACUGCAUUCAUACACACACACACACACACAAACACCGCAUUUAUACAAACGCACUGCAUUAUAUACACACACACUGCAUUCAUACACACACACUGCAUUCCUACACACACACACUGCACUCCUAAACUGGCUGUCGCUGGAAUCCAGACGCACCCUUCAUCUUUCCAGCCUUGUGUUUAAGAGCUUUUCUGGGAAACUCCCACCCUACCUGAACAAAAUGCUUUCCCCAGCUGUUCCCACUACCUAUAAACUCCGAUCCAGUACCAACAUUUUACUUAGUCUACCUCAAUACAAAAAGAAAGCAGCCCGAUCCUCCUUCUCCUACAGAGCACCGCAAUUGUGGAACGACCUCCCGCACAAUUUAAAAUCAUCCCUAAGCCUAAAGUCCUUUAAGAGAUCCCUCUCUACAUACCUCAAAACAGAAUGCACCUGUCAUGGUUGAUUAUAUAUUUCCUACCUGUUCCAUGUUAAAUUUUAUAUUUAUUGUGUAUUAAUAUUGUUUUUGUAAUCUAUUGUACCCUAAUGUAACAAUGCGAUGAUUUGUGGACCCAGAACAUACUUGAAAACGAGAGAAAUCUCAAUGUAUCUUUCCUGGUAAAAUAUUUUAUAAAUAAUAAUAAUAAUAAAUAAAUAAUAAUACACACACACACUGCAUUCAUACACACACACACUGCACUCAUACACACACACUGCAUUCAUUAUAUACACACACUGUAAAUAAAUAUUCAAUUGAUAUAAUUUUUUGGGGAUAUAAUUUUAUUUAGAAAUUUACCAGUAGCUACUGCAUUUCCCACCCUAGUAUUAUACUCGAGUCAAUAAGUUUUCCCAGUUUUUUUGGGUAAAGUUAGGGGUCUCGACUUAUAUUCGGGUCGACUUAUACUCGAGUAUAUACGGUAGUUACAUGUAGCUAAGAUACUGUCAUCAAUGUACUGAGCAUGUGCAGGAAGUCGCCAGGAGUCGCCUGUCCAUCAGGGCCGCAACCCCACCCAUUUUAGACUCUCCCUCUGAGUCUGAACUUCCCUCCCCACCCCCUUACUCCUCCUCCUCCAAGGUUAGAGGAGGUGCUGCUGGUGUUGCCACUCCCCCUGCCCCAUUGUCCCUUCCCACUCAUUCAUCUAGUUUAGAGCCCAGCUCACUUGCCCUAAAUCCUCUCCUUCCGGUACCUCCACUAGGUCUAUAUAUCCGGAAUUAACGUCACUUCUGGUUCCUGGUCAGGCUCCUCCCAGCCCGGCCCGCAACAUCCUGUUGACUGAACCUCCACCCAGUAAAAUUAACCCGCCUCAUUCUCCUUACCUUACUACCCCUAGACCGGAGCUUACUAUUAAACAGCCUUGCUGAAGUCCUAUAUUAACCCAACAGAUGACUGGUUUCUUCCGACAUUACCAAAUGCCCCUCCAACUUACACCGGGCCCAACACACGUUGAUGAAAAUGGCCAAAUACAACGGGCAGAUCCUGAGUUUCUCUAUGUCCCCUUCACCACAACUGAUCUAUUCAAUUGGAAGACUCAUAACUUUUCGUAUACCGACAAACCUCAAGUCAUAACAGAUUUGGUUACCUCCAUUAUACAAGCACACAAUCCUACCUGGGCCGAUUGCCAGCAAUUAUUAUUAACUUUAUUUAAUUGUGAGGAAAGGACCCGGAUUAAUCAAGCGGCUAUUAAAGCGCUUGAGGAAACGGCCCGUACUCAAAACAAGGCCAAUGCAGCUGCAUGGGCUGCAGCCCAUUAUCCAAAUGUUGACCCAAAUUGGAAUGUGAAUGGUGCUGACAUGCCCCAAUUAAAGGCCUAUCGGGAAGCCAUUAUUGCUGGCAUGAAAGCAGGAGGGAAGAAGGCAAUCAAUAUGUCAAAGACAGCUGAGGUGUUGCAAAAGGUUGAUGAUUUACCUUGUGCCUUUUAUGAAAGAUUAUUGGAGUUCUAUAGAUUGUUUACUCCUCUUAAUCCAGAGGCCCCUGAGAAUUCUCGAAUGAUCAACUCAGCAUUUGUCAGCCAGGCCCAAGGUGAUAUUAAAAGAAAAUUGCAAAAGUUAGAGGGAUUUGUAGGGAUGUCAAUAUCAGAGCUAAUGGAGAUCGCAAAUAAAGUAUAUAUGAAUAGGGAAACAGAAAAAGCGGGAGGAAGAACAUAAAUUGAGGAAGAAGGCAGAUAUGCUAGCGGUAGCUAUCACAAGUGUAGAGAGACAGGGAAGGGAGGUGAAUAAAGGAGCCAAGAAUAUGCUGAGAAAGGGACCUUUAAGUAGGAAUCAAUGUGCGUAUUGUAGAGAGGAGGGACAUUGGAAGAAUGAGUGUCCACAGAGAGAGCAUUAUGAAAAUAAUAGACAAGGAGAGAGAAGAGUGCAGGGAGGUUAUAGUGGUAGUUAUAGAGGAAGAGGAAGUUUUGGAGGGAAUGAUGGGAAUAGUAGAGGGAGUGUUUAAGGAGAUAGAUAUUAUCCACCUACUCAGAGACCUAGAGAUAGAGAGGAUAGAGAUUUUGUGGGUCUGGCUGACACUAUCAUGGAAGACUAUUGAUACCGCCCGGGCUCCAUCCCCCUUGACCGAGCGGAGCCUAUGGUCGAUGUAGCAAUAGGGGGAAAGAGAAGCUCUUUCAUGAUUGACACUGGUGCUGAACAUUCCGUGGUGACUAAACUGGUAGCUCCGCCUUCAGAAAAAACUAUAACUGUGAUAGGAGCUACGGGGAGAAGCGCAGCUAGAUCAGUUCUUAAGAGUCGCACUUGCAAUCUGGGAGGCCAUUUGGUGAAGCACCAGUUCCUAUAUAUGCCAGAGUGUCCGAUUCAACUUCUUGAUGAGAUCUACUAUCGAAGCUUCAAGCCCAGAUUAAUUUUCUACCCAAUGGAUCAAUGUCUCUGAGGUUUAAUGGAUUACCAGGCAUAAUGGCGGCAUCGGUGCCAAGGGAAGAAGAAUGGCGCUUCUACUCCAUAAUGACAAGUGUAAACCCUAAGAGUGAUGAAUCUUUAUUUGACAUUCCAGGAGUAUGGGCAGAGAAUAAUCCACCGGGGCUUGCUCAUAAUAUUCCACCUAUACAUAUUGAACUAAAGCUUGGGGCAUAUCCUGUGAGCCUACGUCAGUAUCAUAUACCUCAAAAGUCUAAGAAAAACAUACAGACCUACUUGGAUAAGUUCGUAAGGUAUGGCAUCCUAAAAUUCUGUACUUCCCCCUGGAACACUCCAUUAUUACCUGUUCAGAAACCAGGAUCAAAUGAGUAUCGUCCUUUUCCAAAUUUAAGAGCAGUUAAUGAUGCAGUUGAGUACCCAGUUGUACCCAACCCCUAUAAUCCGCUUGCUUUGAUACCAGGUGGGGCAACCUACUUCACAGUUCUAGACGUUAAGGAUGCUUUCUUUUGCCUUCGGAUUGCUGCUGAGAGUCAGUGUAUCUUUGCUUUCCAAUAGGAAGAUGCUGUUACAGGUUCAAAGUGUUAGAUAACUUGGACCAGACUACCUCAAGGGUUCAAGAAUUCACUUACCCUAUUUGGAUCUGCAUUAAGGAUUUGCAAGAUUUCAAGUCCAUCCCAGGAGAAUGUGUAUUGCUUCAAUACGUGGAUGAUCUUUUGAUAGCGGCUGUUACCAAAGAGAUAUGCCAAUAAGCAACUUAUGAUUUGCUUCACAUUCUAUGGAGAGCAGGAUACAAGGUAUCAAGGAAGAAAGCGCAAUUGUGUCAGUCAACUGUGAAAUAUUUAGGAUUCCAUAUUUCCGAAGGUCAAAGAAUAAUGGGACCUGAAAGAAAAGAAGCAGUGUGUUGGAUAUCUAUACCUAAGAAUAACUAAGAAUAGAGGACAAGUGCGAGAAUUCUUAGGAGCAGCAGGAUUCUGUAGGAUAUGGAAUCCUAAUUAUGCGAUACUGAAUAAUAUGAACCUCUAUAUGAAUCUAUGAAAGACACAGAAUAUGACCCCUUUUUGUGGACCUCUGAACAACAGAAGGCAUUUGAGGAUGUUAAGAAAGCACUUAUGAGUGCCUCAGCCCUAGGUCUACCAGAUCACAUGCGUCCUUUCUAUCUGUGCGUACAUGAGCAAAGAAGAAUGGCUGUGGGAGUAUUAACUCAGUUUUGGGAGCAUGGCAAAGACCUGUAGCUUAUAUGUCCAAACAGUUGGAUGCAGUGGCCAGUGGUCUUCCACAUUGUCUGCGAGCAGUGGCCACCGCUGCCCUGUUGGUAGCAGAGGCUGACAAGCUCACAUUGGGUCAGCAACUCUAUGUGCGAGUACCCCAUGCAGUACAGACCCUAUUGGAUUACAAAGGAAAUCAAUGGUUUAGCAACAGUCGAAUGACCAAAUAUCAAGCUAUGCUAUGUGAAAAUCCAAGAGUACACCUCGAGACUGUCAAUAAUUUGAAUCCAGCUACCCAUCUGCCCCAGACUACUGAAAGUCAACAUGAUUGUUUGGAGAUAAUGGAUGAAGUGUUUUCAAGCAGGCCUGAUCUUCAUGAUUUCCCCAUCCAGAAUCCGGACAUAUAGUAUUAUACGGAUGGUAGUAGUUAUGUGAAAGAAGGUAUACGUUAUGCAGGGUAUGCGGUAACAACCAUAGACAAGGUGAUAGAAGCACGGCCACUGUCGAAAGGGACAUCAGCACAGAAGGCGGAACUGAUUGCAUUAACAAGGGCCUUGCAAUUAGCUGAAGGGUUGAGAGUGAAUAUUUACACAGAUUCGAAAUACGCUUUUCUAACCACACAUGCCCAUGGAGCAUUGUAUAAAGAAAGGGGGUUGUUGAAUUCAGAAGGGAAAGAAAUCAAGUAUGCAGCAGAAAUACUCCAACUAUUAGAGGCGGUAUGGGAACCGAAGGAAGUCAGUAUCAUACAUUGCAUGGCACAUCUGAAAGGCAAUAGUGAUGUAGUAAAAGGAAAUCACAUGGCCGAUAGUGCAGCAAAACAUGCCGCUGAAUCCGGGCAAGAGGAAUAUGUGGGGUAUGUUGCUGCCCUUGUGCCGGAACCUCGGUCUCAAUGGUCUCCGAUAUAUACAACCCAAGAUAUGGAGUGGUUGAAGACUGAAGCUGGGAAAUACUUGGAGAAUAAUUGGUAUCAGUUAGAAGAUGGAAGAAAAGUUAUUCCGACAUCUCUGGCUAUAGAGAUUGUUCAGAACUUCCAUAAUGGUCAACAUUCAGGAAGAGAUAGUAUGGAAGAAUCUCUCAGGAAACAUUUAUACAUACCAAGAUUAUCCAAUCUUACUCAAGCUAUUGUUCGAAGAUGUGUUUUGUGCGUACGAAACAAUGCAAGACAAGGCCCUGUCAAUCCCCCUGGAGUUCAGUAUAUGGGAGGACUCCCAAUGUCAGAUUUGCAAAUAGACUACACUGUAAUGCCUAAAUCAGGGGGAUAUCGUUACUUGUUGGUAGCUGUGUGUACCUACUCAGGUUGGGUAGAAGCUUGUCCAACUCGUACAGAAAAGGCAGGAGAAGUUGUACGAUUUCUGUUGAGAGAAGUUAUACCCAGAUAUGGACUUCCGUGUUCUAUAGGAUCAGACAAUGGUCCAGCCUUUAUCCAUCAGUGUUUACAAAAAUUUACUUAUGUGCUUGGUAUUUAGUGGAAACUUCAUACAGCAUAUAGACCUCAGAGUUCUGGAAAGGUGGAAAGGUGGAAAGGAUGUGUCAGGAAACUCAGCUCAAGUGGAAUGUCCUUUUGCCAAUAGCUCUAUUGCAGAUAUGUAGUACUCCUACCAGAAGAAUGGGUCUGUCUCCCUUUGAAAUCAUGUAUGGGCGUCCACCUCCCAUACUCAGUAAUCUAAGGGGGGACUUGAAUCAGUUGCGUGAAGGAAUUACUCGGCAGCAGGUUGUAGAGUUGGGUAAAACUAUGGAGGAAGUACAGAAAUGGGUGCAAGAUAGGUUACCUGUGAACAAAUGUGGAUAAAAGAAUGGAAUAUUGUUCCAUUAGGUCCUUAUGUUGUUCUUUUAUCUACUCCAACAGCUGUAAAGGUGGCAGAAGUGACUCAGUGGAUUCAUCAUUCUAGGGUUAAACCAGCGGCAGAUUCUUGGCAAGCUAUUCCAGAUCCUGAAAAUCCUUGCAAGAUCCGGUUAAAGUGGGUAACUCAGUCGGAGUGAGAAAUAAUACGAGGAGAUAUUGGGACAUCUUAGUUGAAAGUAACAACAGAGAUCAGCAAGUGGGUUUUUUGACGGCCAUAAUAAAGCCUGACCACCUACCUACGUGUCAUAGCCAGAGUGUCUUGAAGGGACCUCUGUGAAGAAAAGUGAGGAUCAGAAGAACGACAAUCCUUGCAGCCUUUACAAUCGGGAAGCUGAGGUGCCGUCGCACGGUCGAAGAGUAGAAAUGAGGACUUCUGGAAUAAUAUGUUAUAUUAUGUGUUUAGGCAUUUUUUGUGAUUUUUCAGGAAGGUGAAGGUGAGGACUGUUGUGGAUCAGAAAUGUUGAUCUUUGUUAUAUUCAGAGGAAGCCCAAAUUGUUGUUACAAGUGCACUUGGAGAAGCGAGAAUUAGACACCAGACACCUGUUGGUAUUCAAAAUAAGCCUCUGACGUUUUAUUCGUCAGCUGGGUUUUAUACAUUAAAAAGUAAGUGCUUACGUGCAAAUACUCUUAGAACAGUAAUAGGAAGGGAGUACAGAUAAGACAUUGGGAUGAGCGUCAUGUACACAUAACAAAUAAGUUUUCAAGGUAAGAGAGAACAAAAUGAUUAGAGCAGAGACAUCUUAGGUGGGGGCUCUCUGCUCUCGGAACUUAGACAUAUAUGGUCUUAAGUGUUGUUUAAGCAUCAAGCAUUUCCUGAGUCCAAGUUAGCCAAUUUUAAUAUAGGAUAUCAUUAUAUGACACCUAUAAGCUUGAGCCUUGGAAUCAAGAUAAAUUCUAUCACAAUCCCCUCUUUUGAUCCAAGGGUCACCCAAAUGUCCAAGGUAUAUCCAGGCCUGCUAGCCAAAGCCUGUGGGACUUUCAUUUAUUGCUUCACCAUGGUUCCCUUGGACUGUGAGACCACCAGAAUCAGCAGAGGAGAGUUCCUUCAUUUGUUAGGCGAGGUAACAUCAUAAAACCUUUUCGAAGUCGGAGCUGGAAUGUAAGUUAAGGUACGACCAACAGUAGGUUUGCUUUUACAUAGAGAGGUUAGUAGACAUGAAAAAAAUCUAAAGGUUAGAAAAAAUAGCCAUAAUGACAAAUACAGCUAAUAGCAAAAAGUACAAAAUCUUUUAUAUGUUUAUGGAUCAUAGUGCCACGGUCAGAUAGGUUAAAACAGCACAUUCCUUCUAUAGCUUCACAGCCUAAGUCAUGUUUCAUUAGUAAGUAGUCAAUGGCUGCUCUAUUCUCAAGGAUUGCCUUCUUAUUUGCCUGGCUAUCUGCUACCAUAUAUUUUCCUGCCAUGCAUUAUUAUUUUCUGGUCUCAAGUCAGAGUAGCAUAUCCGAACACAGAAUAAAAUUGUAAAGGAUAAGAACAGCUUCAUGUUGGUGGAUCAGUCGGAGUGACUUGUUUACAGUGACUGGCGUGUAUCCACGUGGCUUUUCCUUCUAGUUUCACUGAGGUAGCCGUAGUCAAGAGCACUUGGAAUGGACCGUCAAAGCGUGGUUUCUCCCUCCCUCCUCAUCAUAAAUCCCCUCAACCCCUCCCUCCCAGAUCUCCUCUCUCCCCUGCACAGAUCCCCUAUCUCCCCUGCGCAGAUACUCUCCCUCCCUUCCCUGCACACAUACCCUAUCUCCCUGCCUCCCCUGUAUCCUGACACUCCCCUGUACAGAUCCCCUCUCCUCCUGCCUCCCUGACAGUCCCCCUCCCUCCCCUGCACAGAUCCCCUCUCUCCCUGCCCAGCUACCCAUAUCUGUACUCUGACAGUCAAUCUUCCUCCCUGCACAGAUCUCCUCUCUCCCCUGCACAGAUUCCUUCUCCCCCUCCCUCACCUGCACAAAUCUCCUCUAUCCCCUGCACAGAUUCCUUCUCCCCCUCCUUCCCCUGCACAGAUCCCCUCUCCCCCUCCCUCCUCAUCAUAGAACCCCUCAACCCCUCCCUCCCCUGCACAGAUCCCCCCUCUCCCCUGCACAGAUCAUCUCUCCCCCUCCUUCCUCUGCACAGAUUCCUUCUCUCCCUGCCUCCCCUGCACACAUACUCUCUCUCCCUGCCUCCCCUGCACACAUCCCCUCUCUUCCUGCCUCCCCUGUACCCUGCCUCUCCCCUGUACAGACCCCUCUCCCUCUGCCUCCCUGACAUUCCCCCUCCUUCCCCUACACAGAUCCCCUCUCCCCCUCCCUCCUCAUCAUAGAUCCCCUCAACCCCUCCCUCCCCUGCACAGAUCCCCUCUCUCCCCUGCACAGAUCAUCUCUCCCCCUCCUUCCUCUGCACAGAUUCCUUCUCUCCCUGCCUCCCCUGCACACAUACUCUCUCUCCCUGCCUCCCCUGCACACAUCCCCUCUCUUCCUGCCUCCCCUGUACCCUGCCUCUCCCCUGUACAGACCCCUCUCCCUCUGCCUCCCUGACAUUCCCCACUCCUUCCCAUACACAGAUCCCCUCUCUCCCUGCACAGCCACCCAUCUCUGUACUGACAGUCCAUCUUCCUCCCUGCACAGAUCUCCUCUCUCCCCUGUACAGAUCCCCUCUCCCCCUGCCUCCCCAGCACGCUGACAGUUCCACUCCCUCCCUCCACAGAUCCCACUCCAUCCCUGCACCCUCCACACACAUCCGCCCGCCCCAAAAAUGAAAGUAUAUAUUUUUUAAAUGUGUAAAAAAAGUACACAAAAAAUGUACACAUCCUCCCUCCCCAAAAAUGAAAGUAUAUAUUUUUAAAAUGUGUAAAAAAAAUGUAAUUUAAUAAGCUGCGUUUCAUUCCUAAGUGUUUCUUUUCCCACCAAUAAAAAGUUAAAUAUACUGAAGCGCUUCAGUAACAAUAAUUAUUUAAAAGAACACUCUGCCCAAAUGGGUAAACCCAACCCCCAUAAAAUUAAUGUUUAGUAGAUAUGUCCCCAAAUACAUGCAUGAAUUUGUCCACCUCUACCCACACCCAUGAGCAUUCAGUGGGGGAUACUUUGUCCCCUCUCCAGGCCACGCUGAUGGGUGGGGGAUCUUUAUUUAUAAUAAGGAGGGGAACCUAGUAUUCAUUCCCCUGGCUCUCACCCAUGCCAGUGGGUGGGUGCACUAAGAUUAACAAUAAGGGGGGGGGGGGAGCCUACUGUUCCUUACUCUGUUCCAUUCUCUGGUCCCCACCCAUGCUGGUGGGUGGCUACCCCAUUAUCCACGCCCAUAAAAUAAUAGUAAGUCAUCCCCAAUCCUCUAACCAACCCCUAAAGUAAAGUCCCUAUCUAUCCUCCCACCCCCCCAUAAUAGUGAGGAAGGGAGCAAAAAAUCUAAAGCCUGUUAAAAAAAAAAUUGCAAACACAUACACAACUACAUAUACUGCCACACAUUAAAACAGAUACACAUACAUGCACUCAGUUGCACCUUGACACACACUCAGACACACACAGAACCACAGAUACACAUACUCUCAAAUAGACAUUGUCACAGACAGACUCACAGACACACACAGUCAGAUACACAUGAAGUAAAAUAGACACAUACACACAUUGCUACAAAUCACUAUAUAUUUUUUUUCAUUUUUUAUUUUUGUUGUGCAGGUGGUUACAGGAUAUCGACAUACGCUACAACAGCGUGAUUCAAGGUUUACAGAAGUUAGGCAGUGGCAUGAAAUUUCGCACAUUUUUAUGUAUAUUUAUAACAAGCUUGGUUAAAUGAGAUACUGUGCACAUUUUUUUGGUUUUAGCAUGAAUAAUAGUCGAUUGGGUGUCGUUUAUAUAAUUAUUUUGCUAUUAGUUAGAUUGAGGUUGUGUGCACAUUUUAAGAUGCAAAAAUGUUAACCCUGUUUACACAUAAAGAUUGGUGUCUGAUUUUGCAUGACAGUUGGUUGUGUUCAGGGUGAUGCGUAAUGUAUGGAGAUAUGCCCAGUGGGUUACAGGUCGAUAGGAUUGCACCUUAUAGGGCGGCCAGCCAAAUAUCUAUUUUUAACUAGCUUUGUGAAUACAUUUUUACUGCAGAAGGGUGGAUUUUCUGUGGUCCAGUGGGAGCUGCCUGCAACAGUCUGAAAACUCCUCUUUUUGUGAAACAAAAUAACUUCCUCUCACAGCAUAGCUUCUUUGCAAGAAAGAGGGCUCAGCCAGGCUGUUCAGUGGCCUGGGCUAGUGAAACUCAUUAACGCUGUCUGGUUUGGAUAUAUAUUUCUAUCUCUCCUGCCGGUAGAUAAAAGUGCCCCAGUGUUAGAAACGUGUCCACCAUUGGCAAGCCUGAAUCUCAAAUAUAUAGAACUACUACAGUGUAGAUGUGUGUGUUUGUAUGUGCUUUUCAGUCUUCCAGGAUAUCUAUCUCUCAAAAUACAUUAUCGAUAUCUUACUUUUAUAUUACAGCAGGGCUCGAGUCAUGCAGGAACGCGUGGGAAUGGCGUUCCUGCACUUUUUCCACUGCACGAACGCUGUUCCCGUUCCCGUUAGAACAGGGGGGGAGGACAAAUCCGAAUGCCUUGCCUCUGGCUGGGGAUUCGGAUUUCUAAACUCACCUCUUUCCCUGCAGCCUGCAACCAGUGGAGUCGGCCUGCCUCUCCUGAUGAUGUCAGGAGGGGGCGUGACUUUCACUGCUCUUCUCCCAGGACAGCUGGGGAGUCUGGGAGAAGAGCAGAGGAAGUCACGCCCCCUCCUGGCAUCAUCAGGAGAGGCCGGCCGACUCCACUGACUGCAGGCUGAAGGCUCCAGAUCCUGUCCCAAGGUAGGCCUCAGGGGCGGGGGUUAUGCACUUUAGGUCCUCAGCCCCUGUCCCCUUACUCAGCCCCUGCAUAUGAGCGUAUAAUUAUUUUUUUUCGGGGGUGGAGGGGAGUGAUGGUGGAUCUUGGGUGAGUUUCCACAAUUUUUUACUCAGGACUUGACCCCUGCAUUACAGACUUGUUCUCCUAUUUAGAAAUAUACAUCGCUACACACCUUCACUGAGAUACAGACACCACUCUAAAUAAUUUUACAUAAGUACAUACAUAUUAACGUUAACACAAACACAUUUUGACAUUCCUUGAUGUGGACAAACGAUAUAUAAAAAACAAAAUGUGCGUGUUUGCGUUAACAAGUAACUUUUUUGAGCCCUGUAGAUGUGUAAGUGGUUGUGGUGGCAGUCUAGGCACUGGGAGCCCUAUCUAAUACACAUCUAUAGGGUUCCCGGACGGCCACCACAACCACUUACACAUCUGUAGGGCUCCCACCUCCCAGUGCCCGGACUGCCAUCACAACCACUUACACAUCUAUAGGGUUCCCAGUGCCUGGAUUGCCACCAUAACCACUUACUAGAUAUGUGCAAUUUAGACAUUCGGAUGCUUACAAAGUUUUGAAGUGCCAAAGUUCCAAAUUAUCGAAGUUCCGAAUUGCUGAGGUUCAGUAAUUCGGAAGUGCCGAACGGAACCAAAUGCCAUUGGACCGAAUUGCCGAAGCAGAUUAAUUUUUUUACUUACCCGAAUUUCUGAACUGAACCAAAUAUUUUGCCCAUGCACAUUCCUAUUGGUAGCACACUAUGCUGUGAAGGACUGAAAUUCUGAAGCGCCCCCAAGUUCCCCUGCUCAAGAAAGCACAUGUACAGGCCCGUCUGAAGUUUGCCAAUGGACAUCUGAAUGAUUCAGAGAAGAACUUGGUGAAAGUGUUGUGGUCAGAUGAGACCAAAAUGAAGCUCUUUGGAGGAAGAGGAAUGCUGCCUAGGACCCCAAGAACACCACUCUCACCGUCAAAUAUGGAGGUGGAAACAUUAUGCUUUAGGGGUAUUUUUCUGCUAAGGGGACAGGACAACUGCACCGCAUCAAAGAUACAAUGGAUGGGGCCAUGUACCAUCAAAUCUUGGGUGAGAAUCUCCUUCCCUCAGCCAGGGCAUUGGAAAUGUUUCAUGCAUGGGUAUUCCAGAAUGACAGGGUUGUACGAAGGGUGGGGGCAUGCUGCUGAUGGCUACAAAGGAGUGGCUCAAGAUGAAGCACAUUAAGGUCCUGGAGUGGCCUAGCCAGUCUCCAGACCUUAAUCCCAUAGAUAACCUGUGGUGGGAGCUGAAGGUUCAAGUUGCCAAAUGUCAUUCUCGAACCCUUAAUGAGUUGGAGAUGAUCUGCAAAGAGGAGUGGGACAAAAUCCCUUCUGAGAUGUGUGCAAGCCUGGUGGCCAACUACAAGAAACAUUUGACCUCUAUGAUUGCCAACAAGGGUUUUGCCACCAUGUACUAAGUCAAAGGGGUCAAAUACUUAUUUCACUCAUUGACGUGCAAAUAAAUGUAUAACUUUUUUGACAUGCGUUUUUCUGGAUUUUUUUUAAUUCUGUCUCUCACUGUUAAAAUAUGCCUACCAUUAACAUUAUAGACUAAUUAUUUCUUUGUCAGUGGACAAGUGUUCAGAAUCAGCAGGGGAUCAAAUACUUUUUUCCCUCACUGUACAUAAAAAAGGUUGAGUCAACAUACUAGCAUGUGGCACUGUGACAUAGUUACAGACAUAUAUAGAAAAAGACUGAAGUACAUGCAUUUCAACUUUCCAGAUAUCUGUGUUACUGCUUUCAAUCUAAAAGAAACAAAAACCUCCACUUGGAAUUAUUAUUAAUUUUGCCAGAAAUUUGGGAAACAUUUUCUUGACUCCAAAAUAACAGGCAGUCAUUUCUCUAGUUCACCAAAUUGUCACCACAAAGUGUAAGUGGUUGUGGUGGCAGUCCGAGCACUGGGAGCCCUAUAGAUGUGUAAGUAGUUGUGGUGGCAGUCCUGGCACUGGGAGCCCUAUAGAUCUGUAAGUUGUUGUGGUGGCAGUCUAGGCACUGGGAGGCGGGAGCCCUAUAGAUGUGUAAGUGAUAGCCAAAACAUGUAUGAUGUAUUUUAUCGUGUGUAAAUGCUUUUCCAUGUGUGCCUUUCUGGGUUUCUAUUAGAUGGUAUAGGGGAUUUGUUAUAGAUUACUUUUAUCCCAAGUGCCAUUUUUGUUUGUAGUACCCACUGAUUAUUAUUAGGGGGAGGGGAGACCUGGGGUAGCCAGUUGGCCAGCUCUUGGGUCCAGGGCUGCCAUCAGAAAUGUUGGGGCCCCUGACACAGCUCAAGGUCUGGGCCCCCCGGUGCCUGCACCCGAGUCCCCCCCCCCCACCCCGAGUCCGCCCAAAGGGAUGCAGUGUCUGCAGGGCCGGUGCAAGGAUUUUUGCUGCCCUAGGCAAAAGUAAAGUUUGCCGCUCCCCAUGUGACAUCACAAUGCCCCACCCAUAUGAUCUGCCAUGUUAACUAACACAGUGCUGCCGUGUUUACAAUAAAAGGCCUGCAGGGACAGGCUAUAGACACCAGAACCACUAUAUUAAGUGGUUAACUGCAGUGGUUCUGGGGACUAUAGUGUCCCUUUAAUGUGAGGUAAAUUAGAGAUUAGUGCCACGAAUAAUAUACUAGAUUGCCUACUUACAACCAGAUGAGGAUGAUGAUGGGCUCUAGCUGCCGUCUGGCUCCACUGGUCUGGUGUAGAACAGGCUCUCUGGAGGCGGUUUGUAACUGUGGUCACAAAAAUCAAUGUUCUGGGAGAACAGAAGGCAGCUCCAUUUUUUUUGAGGGCUCUUUACACAGCUCAAGGUCUGGGUCCCAGGGUCCACCUUUAUGUUCCACCAAUGAGUUUGUUCACAGGGGUGUGUGUGUAUGGGGGAUGUCCUGAUGUGUGUAUGGAAUGCAUUGUGUGAAUCUGUGUUUGUAUGUGUAAGGGCUGCAAGGUGAGUUUGUGUAUGUAUGGGAAGCAGGGUGUGCGUCUGUAAGGGAUGCACUGAGUGUGUGUAAGGGGUGCAUUGUGUGUUGCUGUGUGUAAGGGAUGCAUUGCUUGUGUAUGUGUGUCUGUGUGUAAUGCAUUGUGUGUUUUUCUGUGUGCAAGGGGUGCAUUGUGUGUGUGUGUGAUGGAUGUCAAUCUCUCCCACCUCCAAUUUCCUUCUUCUCCCCCUCUCUCCAAUUUCCUUCUUCUCCCCCCCCUCCAAUUUCCUUCUUCUCCCCCUCCCUCUCAUUGCCUUCUCCCCCCUCCCUCUCAUUUCCUUCUUCUCCCCCUCCCUCUCAUUUCCUUCUUCUCCCCCUCCCUCUCAUUUCCUUCCUUCUCCCCCCCUCCAAUUUCCUUCCUCUCCCCCCUCCCUCCAAUUUCCUUCCUCUCCCCCCUCCCUCAAAUUUCCUUCCUCUCUCCCCCCUCAAAUUUCCUUCCUCCCCCCCCUCAAAUUUCCUUCCUCCCCCCCCUCAAAUUUCCUUCCUCCCCCCUCAAAUUUCCUUCCUCUCCCACCCCCCCUCAAAUUUCCUUCCUCUCCCCCCCUCAAAUUUCCUCCCUUCCCUCCCCCCCUCCUCAAAUUUCCUUCCUCUCCUCCCCUCCCUCAAAUUCCUUCCUCUCCCCCCUCAAAUUUCCUCCUUCCUCUCCCCCCUCAAAUUCCUACCUCUCCCUCCCUCCCUCAAAUUUCCUUCCUCUCCUCCCCUUCCAAAUUUCCUCCCUUCCUCCCCCCAAAUUUCCUCCCUUCCUCCCCCAAAAUUUCCUUCUCUCCCCCUUCAAAUUUCCUCCUCUCCCCCAAAUUUCCUUCCCCCCCUCCCUCCCUCCCAUUUCCUCCUUCCUCUCCCCCCUCCCUCAAAUUCGUGCCUUCCUCUCCCCCCCUCAAAUUUCCUCCCUCCUCUCUCCCCCCCCUCAAAUUUCCUCCCUUCCUCUCCCCCCCUCCCUCAAAUUUCAGGGCAUAACAUAACAUAACAGGGCAUCUGCCAGGGUGCUUGGGUGGCUGCAUUUUUUUGCCGUUCUCCUAAAAGUUCAGCCCAAGGCAAAUGCCUUGUUAGCCUUGUUAAAGAUACAGAACUGGUUGGAAACCAACUUAUCCAAAGUGCAAGCCUUGUAGAAAGUAGAAGCCUUGCUACUGUGAGGUUUGCCUAUAGAAAUAACAUUGUAGUGAUCUUCUAAUGCCAAUAAUGUUAGAUAGUGGAUUUAUAUCCAAACUGUGGAAUGUAUUUGAUAUGCCUGCUUAUAAGAUUGGAAUGGUUGAGUGUACACUUUGUAAAUUUCUUUACAUGGAAGCAGAAGUCAUAUUACACACCAGAUUUCCCUUCUAAUGCUCUGGAUUUUUAUUAUCUAUCAGUGCACUAUUUAUUAUUAUUAUUAUUAUUAUUAUUAUUUUAUUAUUUAUAUAGCGCCAACAAAUUCCAUAGUGCUGUACAAUGGCUGGACUAACAGACACAUAAUUGAGAUCAUACCACUGACGUACAGGAACAGAGGGGGUUGAGGACUCUGCUCGAUGAGCUUACAUGCUAGAGGGAGUGGGGUAUAGUGACACAAAGGGUUAAAGUAGGGGAAUUAAAUUAGUUUGUUACAGAAGGGUUUAUUGAGUGCUUGGUAGGUCAUUUUUGACAGUUGCAGGAACGGAGUCAUGGGGUGGGGGAUGAGAAACCUGCUGACAGUUUAAUUGAUACGCUUUAAUGUAGAAGUGAGUUUUCAAAGAUUUUUUGAAGGAGUGGAGGCUGGGUGAAAGUCUGAUUGAGGAGGGAAGGGAGUUCCACAGAAUAGGUGCAGCCUUGGAGAAGUCAUGAAGGCGAGCAUCAGAGGUGGGGAUCCGGGCAGCGGAUAGGCGUAGGUCUUGGGCUGAGCGCAGGGGUCUCGACGCUCCCUCCCUUGUGUAUGAGGGAGGAUAGGUAUGUUGGAGCAGCAGUAUGUAGGGAUUUGUAAGCAAGCGCCAGAAUUUUGAAUUGGGCCCUAUAUCUAACUGGAAGCCAAUGCAGGGACUGACAGAGUGUGGAGGCGUGGUAGGUGCAACCGGACAGGAAAAUAAGCCUCGCAGUCGCAUUCAUUAUUGAUUGCAGCGGUGCAAGCUGGGAACAUGUAAGACCGGUGAGAAAGGGAUUGCAAUAGUCAAGGCGAGAGACAACAACAGCAUGAACCAGUACCUUAGUCGCGUCCGGCGUUAGAUAUGGGCGGAUGCGCGCUAUGUUCUUGAUUAUUCCAUCUGUAUACAUAUAUAUAUGUGUAUAUUUAACAUCAAAGCUAAUUUAUUGCUAGGUCAGCUCAGGAAAAUUCACAGACGUAAAAACCUCAGCCUCAUUCUUUGCUCAGGUAGUAUAGAUAUUCAUGCAAAUUUCUGACCGACUUUCAGUGAUUGUAGAACGUGACUGUUUUUGGUUAAUGAUUAAUUUGCAGGUUCCACUCCAGGUACAGGAAGAGUAACAAUACGUGAUUUAUAACCUCAGACUUUCCUUUCCUUUGCAGAAUGAUGUGACAUAAUUUUACACAAAAGAAAACAAAAAACCAUACACACACAUGACAGAGGAAACUACUACUUGAAAUGAAACCCCAUACAGAUUGAAGUCCUGGAAAUUCAAACCAGUGUGAUGUCCCUCUAUAAAAAGUCUGGGUCUGAAUAUGCACAGUUCAAAGAAGUGACUUGUAGUCCAUCCUUCCACAUUGAAGAGCAGAAGAAGCUACUUGAAUACUAUGGACAGCAAGAAGACACCUUUCAUGGUGAGUGUUCUAUGGAAGCUAUGUCUUUUAGUUCUUAGACACGGCACUAAAUGCAUGUUACAAGACUUACAUAUGUAUUGACUAAGCGUUAUCGAAGAGUUCUAUCUGGGUUUGUGGUUUGCUUUCAUUUAAUUUUUUAAUACUGACACAUUACUCAUUUUGGACAUACAGAAAACUAUUGAUUGAUUAAUAAUGUUUGUAGGAAACAUUGGAAAAUGUUUGAGCUGAUUUCAUAAGCUAUGCUUUUUUUUGCUAUGUUUUUUUGUGUGCGGUUAGUAGAUGUUGAAUAUGAUGUACUUUAAUAUGUAUCAUUAAGCUGUAAUUGUUCUGGUGACUAUAGUGUCCCUUUAAAGCAGGGGUUCUCAACCCAGUCCUCAGGACCCCGUACCAGUCCAGGAUUUGGGGAUUACCUGGGUGUGUCUCAGAUGUUUGGAAAAAGGGAAAAAACACCUUAGAAUCUAAGGCAGGGGUUCUCAACGUUAGUCCUCAGGACCCCCUACCAGUCCAGGGUUUAGGGAUUACCUGGGUGUGUCUAAGGUGUUUAGAAAAAGAAAAAAAAACACCUUAGAGUCUAAGGUGUUUUUUUCCCUUUUUCUAAACACCUGAGACACACCCAGGUAAUCCCCAAAUCCUGGACUGGUAGGGGGUCCUGAGGACUAAUGUUGAGAACCCCUGCUCUAAGGUGUUUUUUUUUUCUAAACACCUUAGACACACCCAGGUAAUCCCUAAACCCUGGACUGGUAGGGGGUCCUGAGGACUAACGUUGAGAACCCCUGCUUUAAAGUAAGCCAAAAACGAGCCAAAAACAUAUUGAUUAUUCUUAAAAUCUUACAAAGAUAAAAAGAAAAGCUAUAAUGCAUGUUGCUGUUCUGUUUCCCAGUUCCCUCUCACAUUGCUGGUACUUACUCUUGGAGUCAGCAUAUUGGAUUCGGCACAAGGUCUGGACUUAAAUCAUCUCAACAAAAGAUGUCAACUUACAAGAGACUCAAAGUUUCCAUCAGUGAUUAGUGUCUCAUUAAACAUCACCGGCCAAUCAAUGCCAGCGGGUCCUGAUGUGAGACGGCGAUCUCUGUCCCCUUGGGAUUACAGGUAAGGGUUAACUAUAUUCUCCAAAUGGGAUUAAAUAAUAGACUCUGUCUUGAUCAGAUCAUAUGAAAUCUACUAGAAUAUACAGUAUUUAAAUAUAUUUUUUUCUUUAUUUCCUUCAUUCUGAAUUGUAUUAUCUGCCAUCUUUAUACAUUAUUAUUUAUACAAAAUAACAGUAUUUUGAAUUGUCCAUAAUGAUCAGCUUACAUGCAGUCACACACAUCCUCGGAUGGGUAAUUACAAUAGUGUAUUAGUUUGCAAAAAUGCCUACCAAUUGAUCACAUUGAUAUCAACCGGUUUAUUAUUAAAUAACCGUGUUGUCUCCAUACACCCCCAGCUAAACAAAUAACAAAAAGUCACUAUUUAAAAUGGAUUUAUUAUACAGAGAAACAUGAUUUUGAAAAUCAAAGAUAUAUCAUAUAAAACAUGCAUCAUGUGAUGUGUUAGAUAAUUUUAAAACAGUUAGAUUAUAAAUCUAUUUCUAAAAGAAAUUCUAUCUUGCAAAGGUCUUACUACUUAGUACCUAGAAUUUCAUGACGAACCCCCGGAUAUUUUAAUUUCAAUUUCAUUUAUAUAUAUUAUAGAGUGUGAUGAAGGCAGCUUCUUGUUUGUUUAGUUUUCCACUAAACACUGAAUUGAACAUUAUUAAAAAAACUGAGUUGUAGAAUUAGGCCAAAAUUACUGAUUUGGAAAAAUAAUUUGAAUUUGGCUAAAGUGACACAUUAGAUAUAUUACCUAAACUUUCAAAAAUGUUUUUUAAUUGACAGUAAUUCAGUGUUUAGUAAAUAACCUUAGUAGUUUUCCCACUAUGUAAAUCUUGUGUAAUAAUCAAUCACUACUUAAACUAUAGACAGGUUUUAGAAGACAUUUCUUAAUUCUUCAUAAAAUACAUAAAAAAGUUUUGUUCCCAUCCAAAGAGAUGUCAUAUUCUGCUUAGUUAACAUUACCAAAUAUAUGGUAUUUUAUUUACAGUCUCUUUUUUUUGUUCUCCAUUAGCAUUGAUGAAGAGCCUAACAGAUACCCUUCAAGAAUUGCUAUUGCUAAGUGCCGCCAUCAGCGGUGUGUGGAUGCUGAGGGUAAAUUGAUGGAUAGCGGAAAUUCCGUUGAGAUCAGACAGGAGAUCCUGGUCCUUUAUCGAGAAAUGAAAGACUGUAAACCGACCUACAGACUGCAGAAGAAGAUGGUUACUGUGGGCUGUACCUGUGUUCGGUCUAUCAUCCAACACCUAAUUUAA